GCGCGGCGGGCAGAACCCGGAAGCGGCCGGGGCGGCUUCCUUCUUAUUGUGGGGAGGCGGUUUGUCUCGGUCGGUGGAGGCACCUGCUGCCCCUUCGUCCCGCUAGGAUGCUGAACGUGCCUUCCCAAGCUUUUCCCGCUCCCGCUUCUCAGCAGCGGGUGGCCGUGCCGGGACGCAGCAAGGUACCUUUGAAACCAGGCCGAAGCCUUAUGGACUGGAUCCGGUUAACUAAAAGUGGGAAAGAUCUGUCUGGUUUAAAAGGAAGAUUGAUAGAAGUGACAGAGGAAGAGCUUGCCAGACAUGAUAAGAAAGAUGACUGCUGGAUAUGUAUAAGAGGUCUUGUAUAUAAUGUUACACCAUACAUGGAAUAUCACCCUGGUGGUGAAGAGGAGCUAAUGAAAGCAGCAGGAUCAGAUGGCACAGAUCUAUUUGAUCAGGUUCAUCGUUGGGUCAAUUAUGAAUCAAUGCUAAAAGAAUGUAUGGUUGGAAGAAUGGCUUUUAAACCUUUUGUUGCUCCUUUGAAAGAGACUUGCUCUACUGUACCUGAAGAAAACAAGAUCUUGAAUGGCACGUUUCCUAAAAAUAAAGUCUUGGAUAACAGUUGCAAAGAAUUAGUUCCCAGUUAUGAUUGGUUCCAGACAGAUGAUUCACUUACUGUGGUCAUAUAUACUAAACAAAAGGAUAUGAACUCUGAACUGGUGAUAGCUGAUCUUCAGGAAGGCAAACUUAGAGGGGAAGUCAUUGUGAAGGACUACUCCUACCUUUUACAUGUUGAAUUGAGUUACGCAGUUCAUGAGGAUAUGAUAGUACAGGUUUCUGAAAAAGUGGGAAAAGUGGAAUUUAUCCUAAAGAAGAAAGAAGUUGCAUCUUGGAAAAAUCUUGGGCAACCACUGGAGAGUCAUGACUCUUUUGUAAAACGGUCAGACAGAGGUCUGUACUACAGGAGAUGCAGGUUGCUAUCAAAGACAGAUGUCACUCAUGAUACUAGACUGUUCUGUUUAAUGUUACCACCAGGAACUCAUCUCCAGGUCCCUGUGGGACAUCACCUUUACCUCAGACAAACAAUUGCAGGUACAGAGAUAGUGAAGCCCUAUACACCAGUGCUGUCUUCCUUUGAAUCAAUGGGCAAGAAUCCUCCUCAAAAUGAUAAGAUGCAUAUAUUUUUCAUGAUCAAAAUUUACCCUAGUGGGCUGUUCACACCAGUACUUGACACUUUGCAAAUAGGGGAGUAUAUUUCUGUGAGUAAUCCUGAAGGUAACUUCAUGAAGUUGCAAGUUGAAGAUGUAGAAGAACUGUUUUUAUUGGCAGGAGGCACAGGAUUCACACCAAUGGUUAAACUACUAAACUACGCUUUGACUAGUUGUAAUAUUCUCAGAACGGCAAAAUUGAUGUUUUUUAACAAAAUGGAAGAGGAUAUACUAUGGAGAAAUCAGCUGGAGCAGUUAGCCCUUGAUGAUGCUAGGUUUGACAUUCAGUUGGUUCUUUCAGAGCCGAAAGAAGAAUGGACAGGCAAACAAGGAAAAAUUUCUUCCUCUCUUCUUUCUCAGUUUGUGAAAAGAAGUACACAUGGUUCUAAGAUUCUCAUAUGUAUCUGUGGUCCAUUACCUUUUAUGGAACAAGGAAUACAGUUUCUGCAAGAUCUUGGACACACUAGUGAAGAAAUACAUUGCUUUACAGCCUAAACAUUGCAACAUUAGGGCCCAGUUUGCACAUUUAGUGAAUGUCAUAUUUAUUUUUUUGUUUAAUGUUGACUUCUGAGAGGAAAACCUUAUGCAUGAAUACCUUAUUCUUUUUUUAACCGUGUCAUGUUUAGAGGGGACUGUUUUUGAUUCUGCUUUGAAAAUUUAUUUAUUUUUGUUAAUGUGCAAAACUGAAUUAAGAGUAUUUUAGAGUUAAAUAAAUUAGCACAUUUCAUCUGAAGUUGAGCAGAAUUAGAUUGCGACCUCCAUCAGAUAAGAUCUUGUAGCAUCUAUUUGCACUGAUUGUGUUGGCUUCAGAGGCACAAGACGUGUUUUGAAAAUUAUAACUUUGUUACUUUAAAAUCAGGGAUAGGCAACUGUGACCCUCUUGAUGUUUCAGAGAGCAACUCCGACAAUGUGUCAUCCCUGUUUAAGCCAGGUAGGGCUUGCUGAGGUUAUAGGUCUUACCUUUUGGCAGACCACGGUUGCUCACCUCUGCUCUAAAGUGUCUUAUUGGCAAUAUAAUCUGAAGUUACUUUACAUGGUUAACUCAGGAAUACGAUUGGUUUCAAUGCCAUAUUACUGAUAUCAUCAAGUUAUAGUGCUGUACAUGAGAAGUGUGUGUUUUAAAUUAUACACAGAAUGCCAGUUUUAUAUACAAAAUUACUUUUUUGUACAAAUCUAAUAAAAACAAGAGAAUGUUGCAGUAAAAUGAUACAUAUUUGUGUACAUUUUUAGGCUUGUGCAUUGCUUCUUGGUUGGGUCACAAAUUCAAAUAGCCUGUCUAUAUUUUAAGAGGAUGGUCUUUUCCUGAAAAAGUUCAGUUUCUCAGAUAAAAUAGCCGCUCUUUGUUUUAAGAUUCCAAAGUAGUGUUUGAUUUAGAGACUGUUUCUUUCCUCCUACAAAACAUUACUAUUUAUUUUAGUUUUGUUUAGCUAAAUAGUGCAAUAGUAUGAAUGAGUGGAAGAGAGGGUAACAGUAACAAACCAUGGAUAACCAAAUGUUGACAGCAUCAUUUAAUUUCAGGCAUCUGUUGUGCAUAGCAGUCAGUUCAGCAGAUGCUUCCAUUAAGUCAGCAUGCAUCAUAGGUGGAUAGCAUUUGGGGGGGGGGAGGGCAAACCAGGUUUCAUUAAGUUUAGAGUGUUUCCUUGACAUGUCCGCUUCUUGGGAAGGCCUGUGUGCCACAUUUUAACUCUCCAUUAUCUCUUUUAGGUGAUUGCCACCUGAGAGGCUAGCGUGGAGUUGCUUUUCAGUAUUGAGUUGCCUUCAGUUUGUCAGGUGUAUUACAUUGCCUUUAAAAAUAUUUAUGAACCAGACAAAACACUUAGAGUUUAUUUUAGAUACUAUGCUGUCAAUUUUGA